AAAAUGUGUUGAUAUUGAAAUGUUUGUUUAUAACUUUCAUAGACAAAUUAUUCUUUCUCUAUGAUGUCGAUAAUGAAAAAUCUUAGGCCUUUAAUAUCGCCAUAUCUACCUGAAAAAUGCACAUUUUUGAUUAACAAUUAAAAAUGCUGGCAAAUAUCGAAAAAACGAAAUCUUAUAAUGGAGAAUCCCAAUGAAGAGUUCAUGCAAGCUUUAUACAAAAACGACGUCUCUCUACUGCAUUGCUUUUUAAACAAAGGCGUAAAUAUCAAUAAAAUAUGUUCCAAUGGCAUGACUUUAUUGGGAACGGCGGCGCAGACGGGAAAUCUAGCCGCCUUGAAGGCACUUUUAGAACACCACCUCAAUUUAAACUUGGAUCUAAGAAACGAAAAUCUUUGUAAACCCCAUUACUUACCUUUAGACUCCUCCGAACAGAGAAAGUACAAAAACAUAGGCUACUUUGUAGUUUGUAAAGACGUAGAGGAGAACGAAUUCGGCGAUGGGCCCACUCCGGACGGCAUGGAUGCCCUCGAAUGGGACAUGGAAGUCACCGAAGGAGACAUUACUAUUGAAGACUCCACUCUCGAAGAACACGAUCUAAACAUGUACAAGUGGUACGCUAACAUAUUAACCCGUACUUCGAUUUUAUUGGAUUCCCCUGAACGCGAUUUGGCUAGAUUGGAUCGCCACGGACAGAGCGUUUUACAUUAUGCAGUCAAUUCAGGCAACACAGACAUGGUGAAAUACUUACUAACAAUACUAGAGAAAGAUUUGAGCAUAAAUCAAACUGAUGCCUGUUGCUUUACGCCUCUGCACAUUGCAGCUGGAAACGGCGAUAUAGAAAUGACUAGAUUGCUUUUGAACAAAGGGGCCAAUGUAAACGCCAUCGGGGGAAGACUUAGGGAAAAUUCCCUGCAAGUCGCUGUUCGAGGGGCUUUCCUACAUAUUGUCAAAUUACUAGUCGAAGCAGGUGCAGAUAUCACCGCCGUUGACGUAGAAGAACACUCUGUACUAACUUGCGCUGCUCGGUGUGGUUGCGUGGAAACGAUCAAAUAUUUAAUCAAGAAGGGCGCCAGAGUGAAUCACGAAGAACCCGGCGGGGUGACAGCGUUGAGAUUGGCCGUUUGGGCGAAUAAUACACCGGCAGUGAAAGUGUUAAUCGAUGGCGGCGCCAGGGUGAUUCAUUCGCACCAUUUAAUUCACGUUGCUGUUUCAAAUAAUAAUGUGGAUAUCGUGAAAAUAUUGCUGGAUUCCGGAGCUGUAAUCAAUUCGAAGGACGAUCAAGGACAAACGGCCUUGAUGGUGGCAUGUUCCAGGAAGAAUAUAUCAAUAGCAAAGUACCUUCUAUCCAGAGGAGCUGACGCGAACGCUGCGAGCCACAUUGACGGUAAAACGGCUUUGCACGUGUGCGUCCAGGAUGUCAGGGAAGCGAAAUGUAUUUACCAGCUUGUGGAUUUGCUCGUCAAUUAUGGCGCCGAUAUGGACGCGUCGAGUUACCAAGGAAACGUGCUUUUCUACUCCAUUAUCUUGGAAAACAGGACCGCGGCUACGGCUUUAGUGCAAAGAGGCGCCGACGUCAAUCUGAAAGACGAGAGAGCGUAUGUGGAUAAUUUGAGUUUAGCCAAAAGACACGGGGAUUUGGAUCUGGUUAGACUACUAGUAUAUGGAGGAUUUAAACUAUCGGAAAUGUCGUGGGAUCCCAGAGCAUUGAGGACGAAAUCCCCGGAUCCGGCCUGUGAUUUUCUGGUUCAUGUCAAAACCAAUCCGUUGAAUUUGAAAGAAAUUUGUAGAAUAGUUAUUAGAAGGAAGAUUGGACCUGUAAGGAUGUUAUCUCGAAUUCAAACACUGCCCAUUCCCGUUAUUUUACAAAAAUAUCUCGCCUUGGAGAUAUUUUAAAAUUGAUCUCACUAUAAUGUUGAUCGGUUGCUAAAAAGAACUUAGAUAAAUUAACCUACUACUUAGCGGUAGUUCAGUGUUAUUGAUUCAAAAAUUUUUGCAACUGGGAGUAUUUUUUAAUUCUAGUCAUUUGGUAUACACUUUUUUCAGCUUUACUUACUAUAUUAUUUUUGAUUGUAUUGUAGUAUACAUAGAAAAUAAAAAUGAAAUUUUUAAAUUAAACAUUUUUUACUGUUCUCGUUGCUUCUAGAGGUUAUUGAGGUAUUAAAAAAUCAAAUCUAUUAUCUUAAUAUAUUUCUUCAUUUAUUCCAGUACGUUUUUUUUAAAUUGUAUAUACAUAAUAUCUAGCGCAAUAUAUUUCUUAGAAAAAUAGAAUAAACGGAAUAUGAUAUGCUUACAUCACAUGCACGCAAACCCGCAAAAAAGCUUUAUGCUCGUAUAUUAUUUUAAAAAUACCUACUUACAGUCGUUUCAUUAUAAAAAUAAACCUACUUUUUUUAAGUUGAACACAACAAUGUUAUAUUCGUUGAAAUUUAUUUAGAAUGUUUGUGUACUAUUGAAUACUACUACAUAUAAACCACAAGACAUUAAACAAAAAAUAUUUUAUAAAAAAAGAUGUUAUAACUUAAAACACUUAAAGAGCAAUCUGAAAUAUAGUUUAUAACUGUCCAAUAAUUUUGGAAGAGUCCCUUAUUGAUUAAAGCGACAUUUUAUCAUACAUCUUAGCAUGAUAACUAAAAAUUAAGCGCUUCUUGGUUAUUUGAAUUAAAAAUUAUUAAAAAGAAAAACUAUAAUCUGUACAAAAUGUAAUAAAAUAGUUAUGUUGGUCAUUAAAAAAAUUGUAUAUUUCAAAAUGGCUUUAAAAAUAUGUAUGUAUAGGCCGUCUAUGUAUAAUAAUGAACUUAAUCAGUAAUGGCCUUAAGAGCAAAAUAUGUGAAGAAACACAUUGCAUAAUUCCUUAAAUCCUGCGAUGGUAUUUUUAAACUAUUAUCAUCAGAACAAAAUACUUUAAUUAUACUUGAUAAGCACGUAGCAGCACCAUAAUAGUUGUUGUUCAUAUAACAUAAGUAAGCUACUCCAGCACAACCAAAGAACGUUACGAGCUUUUCAAAAUCAGUCUUUAGAGUGUCUGUGCCAAUGAUAGAGCAUAUUAGAGGAAUUACGGGGGCAGCCAAGCAGCCGUAGAUCAUUUCGAUGUGACAAUUGUACUUUUCCAUUAAAAUUGCAACAAUCAUAGGAAGCACUACUAAAUCUUGUACGGCUGUAGUAACUUUAUGUAAUUUGUCUAC